AUGGACCAGUUUGCGCCCAUCAACCCAUCGGCUUCUCUGUAUGUGGGAGAUCUGCAUCCCAGCACCACAGAGAUGAUGCUUUAUGAGGCCUUCAGCCAGGUGGGGCCCGUCAUCUCCACCCGUGUGUUUAGACACCGCCUCACCCGCCACUCCCUCGGUUAUGGUUUUAUUAACUACCAAAACCGUGAAGAUGCUGAGCGAGCCCUAGAGGAGUUGGCCUUCACUAAGAUCAACGGCCGGCCUGCGCGGUUAAUGUGGUGCCACCAUGACCCCUCCCUGAGAACUAGCGGAGCAGGAAAUAUCCUCAUAAAAAAUCUGGACAAGUCCAUCGACAGCCUGGCCUUACUGGACACUUUCUAAGCAUUUGGGACGGUGUUGUCCUGCAAAGUGGCCUGUGACGACAACAACAUGUCCAAGGGUUACGGCUACGUGCAUAUUGAGAGCAAGGAGGCUGCUGAGAGUGCCACGAAGAGGCUGAACGGCAUGCUUUUCAAUGACCAACAAGUGUAA